UAGCAAUACCUCUAUUGAAACUAAUGACACUGGAAAUUUUACUGCUCGCAUGGCGGUUUAUAACAGCAGCGACUAUAAAUAUCCAUACCAAGGAGCACAAAUUGAUCUAUACACAAAAACAGUGAUUUAUAUUGGAGUGUUCCUUGAAGGGCCGGAUCCAUCUCUGUAUGCCAUGGUACUGAAAAACUGUUAUGCGACUCCAUCAAGCAAUCCCGAUGAUCCCAUAAAGUAUUAUAUCAUCCAAAACAGGUGCCCUAGCAAGAGUGACGGUACUGUCAAUGUAGCAGAAAAUGGCGUAUCUAGCCAAGCCCGGUUCUCUUUUCAAAUGUUCACAUUUGUUGGGAAUUAUAACCAGGUCUAUCUGCACUGUCAGAUCUAUGCGUGUGACAGUAGGACCUCCGCCUGCGCACCUACAUGCUCUGGUUCCCGUGCCUUGGAUGUAACCACACAGACUACCACCAAUCUGAAAAUCGGACCAUUCAACAGGCUGGAUCCAGCUCCUUCCCCUGCAUCUGCAGCUUAUGGUAAAACAGCACUUUUUAAAAUUACUGUUAAUGUGUGUGUCCAAGCAAAUGACUUUUCUAGUAACAAGGAAUAG